GAUUGCCUGAAGCGCAUGCGCGGAGCGGGGCGGAUGCCAGAGAGCGGCAAUACCGAGGAGGGAAAGAUGGCGGAUGGAAGCGGCAAGCUGAAGGAACUGCGGGAGCAGAUGGUUGCUGUAGCACAAGCGCAGGCAGAAGAGAGAAGAAAUCAAAGUGGUUCUAGCCAUGUCCCCGUUCAGUCUGACCUGAUUCCAAAAUCAACAAAACCAGUAAUAGAUGGCUCCGCUUUAAGAACAGAUGAGAGGCAGAGAUUAGCACGCGAACGUCGAGAAGAGCGUGACAGAAUAAAUGCAACCAAAGAAUCACAGUUGCUUGAAAAAGAGAAAAGAGCAAAACUCCAGUAUGAGAAACAAAUAGAAGAAAAGCUAAAAAAGUUGGAAGAACAGAAACUUAAAGAUGAGCAGAAGAGGGCAGCAGUGGAAGAAAAAAGGAGGCAGAAACUGUCUGAAGAAAAGGAACGGCGGGAAGCUAAUGUAAGGAGAACCCUUGAGCGCAGCAGCCACCUUGACCAGAGACAGAAGAGAUGGUCUUGGGGUGGUGGAUCUGUGGAAGAUGGUGAUCUCAAAUAUGGUACAACUGGAAAUAAUUCUCCUAGUCCUGUAGAUAUAGUUGAAAAAGCCCAUUCCCCCACAGACCCUCACAAUGAAGAUAAAGGUGGAUCUGGUGGUAAACGCUCCACCUCAACUACUAACCUUAAACAGGCAGAGAGUGUAAUGCACAAGCGUUUGUCUUCUUCAUCUGCCACCCUUCAAAACCCUGACAAAGGUACCAAACAGAGAAGUUCUUCAUUAAGCAGAUUAAGUAAUAAAACUACUCUAAAUUCACAGCCACACUCACCUAGAGUCUCAAACUUGGAAAAGAAAGGUGGAGCCAAUCAGAAGAGAAGUUCAUCCCUUAGCAGACUGAGUAAUAAUCCUUCGACCUCACCCUAUGUAGAUAAUGUGAAGAAAGAAGACAAAACAGCACAUCGACCCCCAACCAGUCCUUUAGACAGUAGCAUAAUCAGUCGCCUCCUCGCCCCCACACAGUCGUCUCUAGCUAGGAGUAAGAGUGCAGCCAUGCUGUCAUCUGAUGGAAAAGAGUCACCAGAAUUUCACCUCUGUCCUCGUUCAGCUUCAGCAACUACCAUCAAUACCCCACCCUCCGUCCCUAAAGGUCCGUUGCGAAGCCGAAGCAUUGACAGAUUGAAGUCGCCACAGAAUUCUUCACCUUCUACUGCUACCCCAGAUCCUUCCCAGAAGUCUGAGCAUCUAAAACAGUCGCCUCCUUCUUUGGGAAAACGCCCACCAUCUCCUGCUCUUAUUAAUUCUCGAAGGAGAUCACCAUCUCCUGCUAACACAGCAAAACGACCACCGUCUCCAACACUUGAAAAUAAAAAGGUUCAAAAGAACCCUUCUUCAACUCCGGUUGUGACAAAACAGAGAACUUCCUCACCUGUUGUGACAAAUAAACCUGUUCCAAUACAACGCCCGUCACUUACACCCAAUGUCUUAAAUGCUGCCAAAAAAAGUGCAGAAACAGAAACCAAACCAAAGGAAAAGACUCAAGAAAUCCUAGCUGAGCCAAAAAGUUUACAGACCUCAGAGAAAGAAAACGCCAGUGGCACACCAAAGACCAAAGAUGAAUCCAAUUGUAAAAAUAAUUCAGGAAGCACAACUGCUGAGGAGGCUGCUAAAAUGUUGGCUGAAAAACGACGUCUGGCACGGGAACAGAGAGAACGAGAAGAACAGGAAAGAAUUCAAAGACAAGAAGAAGAAAAAGUAAAACAGGAAGAAAUGGCUCAGAAAGCAGAAGAAGAAAAGGCUAAACAGAUAGAAGAAGCCAAAAUAUUAGAAGAAACAAUGAAACUAGAGGCAGAGGAGGAGCAAAGAAAGGCAGAGGAACAGAGAAUCCAGAAGGAAAUUGAACAACAGGAGCGCUUGGCAGAGCUUCAGCAACAGAAGGAGGAAGCAGAAGCUAAAGCCCUUGAAGAAGCAGAGAAACAAAGGCAUGAGCGAGAGAAGCUCAUGCAGCAAAAUAUGCAGGAAAGACUUGAGAGGAAAAAGAGAAUUGAAGAAAUCAUGAAAAGAACUAGGAAGACCGAUCAAAUGGAUGGAAGAAAUGAAGAUAGGUCUGAUCAAGACCCUGAGGAGGAGGAGGAGGAUGAUGAGGAUGAGGAUGAUGAGAUUGAUGUUGAAGCAAAUAUGCAUGGAAAGCUAAAUGGAGUUGAUCAGUGUGAGGAAUCAGAUGAGAUGAGAAAGGCUGACUUCAUGGAAUCUUCUGCUCUGACUUCUGUAGAUCCUUUGUUGUCAGAUGCUUCCGCCCCAGAGCAAAAUGAAUUAUUUAUUAAUGGGGACAAACCAAGCUCUGUGCAGAAAGAGAAUGAGGAGCCUUUAGAAACAGUACCUCCAAAUGAAUUCAGUCAUGUGGAUUCUGACGCUGCUUUAUCCAGCCAAGAUUAUCCCCCUUUUAAUGAAGACGAUAAACCAAGGGUUUUGGCGAAUAAUGUCAAUGGAAAAUCCAGCACUUGGACAUUUGAGGAGAUUUUGGAUUUAGAAAUUCACUCUAACUCCACUAGUUUAUCCUCUGAUUCUGUAAACAUGGACCUUUGCAAGAAGAACUACAUAGAAGAUGCUAAUAGUCCAGGUGCUCCAAAGUUGGCCUUCGAGGACGGGAAAAUGAAUGUUUUAUCCACAGCCAUUGAGUCAGCUGCAGAAAUGUGAAAUUCCAGCAGUGAAACUCUUUAGAUUGCACUUCGCUCUCCAGUAUUUAAUAAAGCGCUGAAGCCUUGACGUUAGAAGCUGCUACCGCAACAUAUUUCUUAUAAAAUUCAAAGAGAACUCGCCCGGCAUGAGAAGGAACCAAGCUUCAUUUUUAACACUUCUUCAGGGAGAAUAUGUUGGUGAUAUUAUCCUUUUUUUUUCCUCCUCCUAUUUUUUGCAUAUCUUUAACAUCUCGGGGGAUUGUUUAGAAUGUUAUGUUUCGGUGCAACGUUACUUAUUCUAUUAGAUGUACGCUGGUAUUUCAGAAAAUACUAACAAACUUGUUUUCUUGUGAACUUGUAAGCACUUAUUAUUUUUAUUAUAACUUACCGGUCAUCAUCCCGUUGCUAAUGACAUUUUCUAAUAGUUUCUAAUUCCAUCCGUUAAUAAAUCUUUUUCAGAAUAUUUAAAUCAGUAAUGUACUCGUUGGAUUUUAAAGUGCUCCUUUGCUUUCAGUCAAUGCAUAUCCAGUACUGAUUAAUACAAAGAGAAUUGAAUGUUCACCAGGGAGAGCGUCUGUAGUGACUGUUGGCUUUUUGUCCAGUUUUUGUUUUGUUUGUUUUUUUUUAAACAUUUCAUUUUUCCUAUCCAAAUUUUGUAUUUAAGUUGCAUAUGUAUUAUUUUAUUGUGUACAUACAAGAGCAGUAUUAUAGCAUACUUGAGUCCUCUGUUUAUAUUAUGGUAGCACGUUUUACAGUUGAUUUAUGUGCAUAUCUGUUCCUGCCAAGACCUGUCCAGAAGAACCAGUUUGGACAAACACAGUUUGGCGAAUGAGUAGGAUUUUUGUCCUGUGGAGAUUUGUUGUCAGAAAUGUUCAAGACACAUUGCAGCAAAUGACUCUUAACUACCUCCAGGCAGAAUUUAUGGAAUGUUGUCUUUACAAUUGCCUCCACAAUAUAUGAGCAUGAGUAGUGGAGACCAAUGGGCUUGUGUCUCUCCCACUGCAUUUCCCAUAGUCCUUUGCUUAGAGACAAUUAAGUUUGUGUUUAUUGCUACACCUGCUCAUACAUAGUUUUGCUUGAAAUGCGUGUGGUGUUAAUACCAUAAUAUUUUAAGGCAAGUUGUAAUUUGUCUCCCUAGAAGUCCUCAUAAAAUAUGGAUAGUAGAGGACCUGAGUGGAAAGAUAAGUAGUACAGGCUACUGAAAUAAUAAAAUAAUAAUAAAAAAAAAAAAAUUGAAGACCAGUUAGAUUAAGUCCAUCCUGACAUAAUAAAAAGUGAACUCAGAAGAUUCCUGUACAUGAUGGCCCAGCCACUUCUGCAUGUAUGGCUUCCUAGAAGGGUCAAUUUUGACAUGAGCAUUCAGUGAUCGUGUUGGACUGCAGUCAGCCUUGUCUGAACAUUUUAUUUGCAGUUUCACCUGCUGGUCUGUUAGGCAAGUAACGGUUGUCCAUGUUAUAUUUUGCGACCGCAAUCUCCAUAUAAGACUUGACACUUAAAGGAGAAUUCGACCUGUAAUAAAAAAAUAAAAAAAAACUCCCCUGGGUAGACCCCCCCCAGCCUACCUGCCCCCCCCCUGGGCAAAUGCCCCUAAUUCUUUACACACCCCUCAGUGCAGAUUCUGGCCUCUGAGUUCACAGGCGCCGUCUUCUUUCUUCUGUGUUUUCCGUGACUUUCGGUGCCUGCUCUGUUGUUCGGGAACGGAAAUUUACUCCAACUGCGCAUGUGCCGAAAAUGCCAUCAAGACACAACGAUUACGGAGAAGAAGAAGAUGGCUGCCAUGAACUCUAAGGCCUGAAUCUGCACGGAAGGGUGAGUAAAAAAAUUAGGGGCAUUUGCCCAGGGGGCAGAUAGGUUGGAGGGAGGAGGGUCUACUCAGGGGAGGGUUUUUUUUAUUACAAGUUGAAUUCUCCUUUAAGCCUUUACCUAGUGACCCUGCUGUCAGUUAUGAAUAAUAAAGAGAGAUUGGAGUCAAAGUACUGUAUUUAAAAAUGGAUAUUAUAGCAUGUAUACAACGUUAACAAAAAUAUAACUACUGUUUCAAUUUUAUUGCCUAAAAAAACCCUCUGUCUUGGUCAUAUAGUUAUGCAGGUAUUUAUUUGUUGAAUGUAUCUCUUUGGUUAAGAUGAAUUGAAUUUGUUUGUAUACCCCAUUUUGCACCAACAACUAUUUUUUCUGAGCUUGUACCACAAGAACCUACUGAAGAUGACCAAUCACAUAGGAUCUAAACUUUCACUUCUAGAGAACUGACCAAACUCGGCCCUACAUCACAUAGAUCAGAGCUUUGUAGCAUCAGGGCAAAUAACGUUCAUUGAGGAUCCCAAUGCAUUGAAGUGUGCCACAGAUAUGCUGACAGUUGCAGUGUAGCUCAACGUGGAUGUUUGUUUGUGUAUUCGGAGAAGCCAGUGAUGUUAUUAGGUCCCAGAAACUGUAGUAUGUAUGGUUUGAGCUGUCGGCUUGGUGUGUGACCAACUUUACACAUUAGUAUAAAGGACCUGAUGGAGCAGUGCCUUAGGUAAAAAAAAAUGUAUUUUUGUAUAAACGCUGCUUAAUUUUAGCAAAGACAAUCUAACCUAUAAAAUGCUUCUAUUUUGUGUGCAACUGUUACUUGUUAAAUAUUUCUCUACAUUUAAUGAUGUAAAUAUGCGUGUACUGUUCAAUAAACUUUGCAAAC